AGUCUAAAUAAAUGAUGCAUAUUCUCUGCAGCUGUUACACGGUGGUUAGAAGCAUUUAGGCACAGACCCAAGGGAUUCUCAGCCACCGAAGACUCACUGCACUGCAGAGGAGCACUGCAGAGGAUGUGGAGGUCUAAAUAAUCUUGAGGUGUAUUAAUUUUCAAACGUUGCUUUCCAUGGGUUAUGCAGGAGGGGGGAGUGGGCGACAGUUGAGUCGACAUAAUUGAAUAAAAGGGGAUGAACUGGAGUGAACCAUGAGCAAGUUGGGGACUGUAGUCUGUAUGAGAGAGAGAGAGAGAGACAGAGAUGUUUUGCAGACUUGUGAUUCCAGAUCCACUUGCCAAAGUGGCCCAACCUCCACUCCAAGCUUAAUCUUCAAUGGAUAACAUUCCUCGUGAAAAUCAUGACAUUCCAGAAUCCAUCCAGAAAAAAAAAAAAAAAAAAAAAAAAGAAACACCCCCCAACAAAAAGCACUCAAUCCAUCGUCCCCAAAUCUCCAUUUUCUCAGAAAACAAGCAGCUGAGAAAUUUGAUUCUUUUCUCUUUUUAGAAAACGAAAAGGGUAAUGAGUAAGAUGAUUAGAUGGGAGAGUUCUAUAAGGAGAAGCAGAAGAAGUGAUCGUAAAAAGGAGAAGAAGAAGAAGAAGGAGAAGAAGAAGGAGAAGAAGAAGAAGAAGAAGAAGAGAAGAAUCAUUGACUCUGAAUUCGAUUAGGUUUUUUCGGGUUUUGGGUCCUUUUGGAUCGUGACUUAUUGACAGCCACCUUCGCCUAACACCCACUACGACUCGAGCUUCUCGCCUUUUCAAUGACGGGUCUCUCUCUUUCUUUCUAACUUCCUUUUUCUCUUCCUUAAAUGCUCCAUCCUACCUCUGGGCUUUCUCAUUCCCUCCCAUUUGGCUUUCAUACCUCGUGCCCUGUUUGGUAUCAAUCCCUUUUAUCUACUCUCUUCUCUUCACUUCUACCUUUCUCUUUCUUUUCCUAACCUUGUGGGUUUUAUUAGUAGUAGAUAAUUUAGUUUAUUUUGGGCUCCUUCUUCCUUGGCUUGUUCUUACUGGGUAGAGCUAAGUUCCCAUUACAUCUAGAUUCAAGAAAUGUCUGAUUUUGAUUGUGAUUGAUAAUGUUCUUCUUCACCUCUUUAUGUCUCUUUUCUCAUUUACUUAAAUUUUAGUGAAGCCCUUCAUGUCAUUUAGCUGCAGUGUAUCAUCUUAUUUCUGAUUUCAUCCUGUCUACUCUUUAAUUAGACACUGAAUUUGGUUUCUCUCUGUUCCAACUGGUCUUGCUCAUUUUCUUGGUCCUGCAAGCUUGUCUGAAUGCAGUACUAGUUGCAGUGUUCUCAUUUGUUGAUUCUGGUUAUGUUUGUUUAUGAGAUAUUUCCUGUAGAAUCCUCUUGGCCUGCUUUCUUCUUGCUUCUGGUUCCAUACUGAUUCUAUCAUUGAAGAGAGAAUAAUUAACUCCAGAUACCAGGGGAAGCUUAGAUUGAAUUCUUCUUUAUGGCUGUUUCUUUUAUUUAAAUUAUCAGCUCAACAAGUUGAGAAACUUUAUUGCAGUUCCUCUACAACUUGACAGUUUGUUCCAUUCCCGCUUUUUCCACUCCUCUGUUUUUCCAAGGAAAAGAUAUGAGAUGGCCACAAAUAAGGCUUUUUCUCCUGUCAACAUUCAUUUUCAGUCGAUAAUGAUUAUUUGUUACUGCAUUUGCUUUGUAAGAUCACUAAAUGAUGAAGGGAAUUCCCUUCUUGGGUUCAAGAACAGCCUUAUUGACCCAAAUAACAAUCUUCAAAGCUGGAGCCCAUCAGAUCCAACUCCUUGCAGUUGGAGUGGAAUAGGAUGUACUCUUUCUAAGGUAACCUCUGUAAAUCUCCACAACUUCAAUUUGUCUGGGCUUUUGUCUUCCACUGUCUGUGAGCUUAAUUAUUUAACUGUAUUAAACAUGUCAAGCAAUUUCAUCUCUGGCCCUGUACCUAAGGAGAUGGCUUACUGCCUGAACCUGGAGGUUCUAGACCUUAGCACAAAUAGGUUCCAUGGGGAAAUACCCCCUGAGCUCUGUGGAUUGUCUAGACUAAGAAAGCUCUUUCUAAGUGAGAACUAUCUGUAUGGUCUAAUCCCUGCCGAGAUUGGAAAUUUGAUGUCUCUUGAAGAACUUGUCAUUUACAGUAAUAAUCUGACAGACACUAUUCCUUUGUCAAUUAGAAUGUUGAAAAAACUAAGGAUUAUCAGAGCAGGUCGGAACUUUCUCUCAGGUCCAAUACCUGUUGAAAUCAGUGAAUGUGAUGGUCUGGAGAUUCUUGGGUUGGCACAAAAUAAACUCGAAGGUUACUUUCCUAGGGAGCUUCAGAAGCUUAGGAAUCUCACUACAUUAAUUCUUUGCCAAAACCAUUUAUAUGGUGAGAUUCCUCCAGAGCUUGGGAACUGCAGGAGCCUGGAGUUGCUUGCUUUGAAUGACAAUGCCUUCAGUGGAAGCAUACCAAAAGAGAUUGGGAAUUUAUCCCAGAUAAAAAGGCUGUAUCUCUACACUAACCAGUUGAAUGGUACAAUUCCAAGGGAAAUUGGAAAUUGUAGAAGUGCAGUUGAGAUUGACCUUUCAGAAAAUUGGUUAACGGAGUUCAUUCCCAUGGAGCUGGGUCAGAUUCCAAAUCUACAGUUGCUUCAUCUUUUUGAGAACCUUCUGCAAGGAAGUAUUCCGAGAGAGCUUGGGCAUUUAGGACAGCUAAGAAAUUUAGAUCUGUCCAUCAAUAAUUUGACAGGUCAAAUUCCUUUGGAGUUUCAGAACCUUACCUCCUUGGAGGAUUUGCAACUCUUUGACAAUCACCUUGAGGGUACUAUUCCAGCCCUCAUUGGGGCUAACAGCAAUCUGUCUGUUCUUGACACUUCUGAGAAUAACCUUGUCGGCAGCAUACCAUCGCAGCUUUGUAAGUCACAGAAGUUAAUGUUUCUGAGCCUUGGGUCAAAUAUGUUAUCGGGUAACAUUCCUUAUGGGCUAAAAACAUGCAAGUCUCUUGUACGGCUAAUGUUGGGUGCCAACCGGCUUACUGGAAGUAUCCCUGUUGAAAUAUCUGGACUGCAGAAUCUCUCAGCCUUAGAACUGUAUCAGAACCAAUUUUUGGGGCCAAUACCCCGAGAAAUUGGCAAGCUUAAGAAGCUAGAGCGGCUCCUCUUGUCAGACAACUAUUUCUUUGGUCAGAUACCUUCUGAAGUUGGAGAACUGGUGCAGCUUGUUACCUUCAAUAUUUCUUCUAACUUACUCUCGGGGAUUGUCCCUCUUGAGCUCGGCAACUGCUCAAAGCUUCAGAGGCUUGAUCUGAGCAGGAAUAGGUUCAGUGGUAAUAUUCCACAAGAACUUGGCAAUCUGGUGAACCUGGAACUGUUGAAACUAUCUGACAACAGACUGAAUGGAACUAUACCACAUACUUUAGGUAGUCUGUCCCGACUCACGGAGUUGCAAAUGGGAGGGAAUUGUCUGUCUGGCAGUAUACCUUCUGAGCUGGGUCAACUUACUUCACUGCAGAUUGCCCUCAACAUCAGCCACAACGCACUCUCUGGAGCAAUUCCGGGUACUUUGGGAAAUUUGCAAAUGUUGGAAUCACUAUACUUGAACAACAAUCAACUUGCUGGUGAAAUACCUCUUUCCAUACGUGAGUUGUUGAGCUUAAUGGUGUGCAACCUUUCUAGCAAUAACCUGGUAGGAACUGUACCCAACACCCCUGUUUUCCAGAGGAUGGAUCCCAGCAAUUUUGCCGGAAAUAAUGGCCUGAGCAUGAUGUUUUCAAACUCUUGCUAUACAUCUUUGACUCCCCACCCAAGUUGGAUAAAAGGAAGUUCUCUGAAGGAGAAAAUAGUAAUCAUUACUUCUGUGAUGGUUGGAUUAAUUUCCUUGUUUCUUACAGUGGGUAUUUGUUGGGUUAUAAAGCGCCAGAGGCCCGUUUUUGUAUCCCUUGAAGAUCAAAUUAAGCCCGACAUGUCUGAUUAUUAUUAUUUUCCCAAAGAGGGUUUUACAUAUCAGGAUAUUUUAGAUGCUACUGGUUAUUUCUCAGAGAGUGCGGCUAUAGGGAGAGGAGCUUGUGGGACAGUUUACAAGGCUAUCAUGUCCGAUGGCCAACUUAUUGCUGUCAAGAAGCUGAAGUCCCGUGGAGAAGGGUCUAUUGUUGACUGCAGCUUCCGGGCUGAGAUAUCAACCCUGGGAAAGAUCAGCCACCGCAAUAUUGUGAAGCUCUACGGCUUCUGCUACCACCAAGACUCUAACCUUCUCUUAUAUGAAUACAUGGAAAAUGGUAGUCUAGGAGAACUAAUCCAUGGGAAGGGUCAUAAUUGUCUGCUAGACUGGAAUACUCGAUAUAAAAUUGCUCUUGGGGCUGCUGAGGGUUUGUGCUAUCUUCACCAUGACUGCAAACCUCAAAUCAUUCAUCGUGACAUCAAAUCAAACAACAUUUUACUGGAUAAAACUCUGGAGGCUCAUGUAGGAGAUUUUGGCUUGGCUAAGUUGAUGGAUUUACCUUACUCAGAAUCCAUGUCUGCUGUUGCAGGUUCAUAUGGCUACAUAGCCCCUGAGUACGCGUAUACAAUGAAAGUCACUGAGAAAUGUGAUAUCUACAGCUUUGGAGUUGUUCUACUUGAAUUAAUUACUGGAAGGUCUCCUGUUCAGCCCCUCGACCAAGGAGGGAACCUGGUAACGUGGGUAAGAAGUUCAAUACAGAAUAUGGUCCCAACAUCCAAGAUUUUAGAUCAACGCCUGGACCUGAGCGUGAGUAGUACAGUUGAGGAGAUGUUUCUAGUCCUCAAGAUCGCCUUGUUCUGCACUAAUUCAACACCGCUAAAUAGGCCAACUAUGAGGGAGGUUAUUGCGAUGCUUAUUGACACUAGGGAAUCAUCUUGCAAUUCUCAGUCAUCGCCAACAUCAGAAAUCCCUUUAAAUGAAGAGGCUGCUUCCAGAGGACAUGGGGAGCCAUAGAUUCUUCCUUACUCAGAGGUGCGGAAUGUGCAAUAAAUAUUUUUAUCUCUCAGGUCUAUCUACUGACUGUGCAACACAACUCACCCAGUGGCUUCAGAAGUAGAAAGCAACUUAGUUGUAUUUCUUCCUUAUACUGAAAGAGGUGAUAUCCCAGUCCAACCGCCAACCUACCCUUUGUAUCUAUGUGUAUUUGUGCAUUGAAACCUACUAAUAGGAUAUGAUCCCAUGAAGCCGCUCCUCAAACUCUUUCCCUGAUAAGAAUUAUUUUAGUCAAUAAAUGUGGUUAUCUCUGCUGCUAUUUUCAUCGAUCAAA